AUUUUAUUAUUUUGUCGUAUAUGUAGCCGACAUGGUGUAGUGUUUAUCAAUUUAGGCCUUUUCAAAAUUCAAACAAAACAAAUAAACUAUAGCAUUUUUAUAUAUUGAUAUCAUGUCGAAAGGAAAGGGACCUCUCUCAUUACUCUACAACGGUAUUAUCAAUGCCGUUGAUCAAGUGGUACCUAAAGGCGCGCGCCCAUUUUGGGAAUCACCGGCAGGUCCAAAGACUGUGUUCUUCUGGGCACCUCUGGGCAAGUGGGGUCUAGUGCUUGCUGGAAUUGGAGAUCUUGUAAAACGACCGCCUCAAAAUGUGUCCCUCAAUCAGUCGGGCGUGCUCGCGCUCACCGGACUAAUUUGGUCCCGCUAUUCGGUUGUCAUUAUACCCAAAAACUACAGUCUGCUGUCAGUCAAUAUAGUUGUACUUUUAACACAGGGCUUUUUAGUUGCCAAACAUCUGAAAUGGCGAAGUGAAAAUGCAAAAAAUGUUGUAUUCUACCAUCCGCACCAUUUUAUACCAUUUAGUGACGACUGGUGGUAGCCAUGGAAGAUUGGUGCGUUUUUAAUAAAAACGACCACAGAAGGGAAAAUAAAAUAAUUAUAUAUAUAUA